AUGUGGGAUACUUGGAGACCCAGCUGUGUGGAGAAGGCGAGGCAAACACUCAAAGACCCCACCAAUGUGACUUUGGAUGAGUACAUACCGGACAGAUUCCUGUGUACUGGGGGGUCCACAGCAUACAAGGACCCCAUCACCUGUAAAGGGGACUCUGGUGGAUCCCUUUAUCUGCAAAAAAGAAAGCGUUACUUUCAGGUGGGAGUCGUGAGCUGGGGCACCACAAACAUAUGUGACGCAGGCCUCAGAGGGACCAGCGACAAUCCGCCUCCCGAUGCACGAGACUUUCACAUCGACCUUUUCAAGAUAAUGCCGUGGCUGAAACAGCAUCUGGGUCAAGAGAUCCAGUUCCUGCCCGAGGUCGAACACCAAUAAUCCAUCAGCUGAGAACCGCCAAGAUUUACGCCAAAAUAACGUAAUGCAGUUUUCAAAAUAGCUCACACAGGAAUAAAGGACAAUCGUAGAGAGUGCUA